AUGUGCCAUGAGCUCGCUGGUUUUCUUACAUCUAUCACAUUCGUUUAUGAAGCUUUGCCGUUCGCUUUUCCAUCACCCCACCAAACUACUGACAACCCCGCCAAAGCACCAGUCAGACUCAUCGCCCCAAAAAAGUUGACUCUGCACCCAUCCACUUCUAGAUAUACAUACACACUUAUCAUGGAGGCCCAAAUCGAAGAGUGGAAACACCGCGCUGAAGCGCUCAAGCCUCUCAACCUCAAGCAAAUUGAGCCCUCACUUGCCGAGCUCGACGCCCACCUCACCCUGCGAUCUCACAUCGUGGGCUAUACUAUCUCUGAUGCCGACACCACAGUAUGGCAGACAAUCCGUGCGAACCGGGUCGCUCACGCUUACAUCAAGCAAAACUUGAUGCCCAAUGUGUGCCGCUGGUUCAGGUAUAUCGAAGAGGCCUACCCGCAGCAAGCUGCGCUUCCCGAGCGUCCAAAAGAAAAGGCUAAGGAUGGAGAGAAGCAAAAGGACGACGGUGCCAACUAUGAUAUUGGUCUCCAGGAUGUUGGUGAUGGAACUGGCAUUGUCACUAGGUUCCCACCUGAGCCCUCAGGAUAUUUGCACAUUGGCCACGCCAAAGCUGCCCUCCUAAACGACUACUUUGCGCAUGAGAAGUACAAGGGCACCCUCAUCCUUCGUUUCGACGACACCAACCCAAUCAAGGAGAAACAGGAGUUCCAAGAUUCCAUCAUCGAGGAUCUUGCUUUGAUGGGCAUCAAGGCCGACAAGGUUUCCUACACCAGUGACUACUUCCAGGAACUGUACGAGUUCUGUGUACGCAUGAUCAAAGAAGGCACCGCAUAUGCGGAUGACACAAUCCAGGAGAAGAUGCGCGAUGAACGUAUGAACGGUGUUGCAAGCGCACGCCGUGAUUCCUCGGUGGAGGACAACCUUGCCCGCUUUGAAGAAAUGAAGAAAGGCAGUCCAGAGGGUCUCAAAUGGUGCAUCCGCGCCAAAAUGUCUGUCGACAACCCCAACAAGGCCAUGCGCGAUCCCGUCAUCUACCGCUGUAGCCCUGAGGUGCACCACCGCACUGGUGACACAUGGAAGAUCUACCCUACAUAUGAUCUUUGCUGCCCCAUCGUCGACUCCAUCGAAGGCGUCACUCACGCACUCCGUACAACCGAAUACAAUGAUCGCGAUGCCCAAUACCAGUGGUUCAUCAAGACCCUCAAGCUCCGCGGUGUCUAUAACUGGAACUUCGCUCGCUUGAACUUCGUCCGCACACUGCUCUCUAAACGCAAACUUACCAAAAUCGUCGACUCAGGUCUCGUCACUGGCUGGGACGAUGCACGCAUGCCCACAAUCCGCGGAAUCCGACGUCGUGGCGUAACUAUACCCGCCCUCCGCGAGUUCAUUCUCAAACAGGGUCCUUCCAAAAACAUUGUCAUGCAAGACUGGUUCGCGUUCUGGGCCACUAACAAGAAGCAUAUCGACCCCAUUGCCUCGCGCUACACCGCCGUCGCCUCCGCCGGCAAAGUCACCGCCACCAUUACGGGUGCCCGCGAAGGUGUCAUCACCGAAGAGAAAGACAAACACGCAAAAUACACCAACCUCGGUAAGAAGAAGGUCGUCUACAGCAAAUCCAUCAUCCUCGAGCAAGAAGACGCCGCAUCCUUUGCUCAAGACGAAGAAAUCACCCUCAUGAACUGGGGCAAUGCAAUCGUACGCAACAUCUCCCACUCCAUCAACCCCCUCGCCCAACCCUCUGGCCUCAAAACCGUCACAAACCUCGAACUUGAACUCCACCUCCAAGGUGACGUCAAAAAGACGAGCAAGAAAGUCCACUGGCUUUCCACCGACCAGGAACUCGUUCCCGUUGAGCUCGUCGAUUACGAUUACCUUAUCACCAAGGAUAAAUUGGAGGAAGAGGACUCUUUGGAUGAUUUCUUGAAUAAGACUACCGAGACGAGGGUGCAGGCGCUUGCAGACUGUAAUGUUGCUGAGUUGAAGGUGGAUGACAUCUUCCAGUUUGAUCGCAAGGCGUUUUAUAGAGUUGAUAAGGCAUUCAAGCAUGGGGAACCUGCUGUUGCGUUCCAGAUUCCAAGGGGUAAAUAG